AUGACGCAAACUGCUGCUAAAACCGUCGUGGUAACUGGCUUUGGACCUUUCGGGAAUUUCAGCAGAAAUCCAUCCUCGGACAUUGUCGAUCUUCUAGAGAAAGAAGGAAUCGAAGGUUUUGAGUAUAAGUGUUUCGGUAUAAUUGGUUUUUCGUUUCAGGAUUGAACCUAGUUUUACGAAAAAUAAGCGUGGUUUAUUCUGAAGUGGGUGAAACGGUCCCUGCGUUGUGGCAAGAACAUAAGCCAGAUGUCAGUGGUUUGAAAAAGGAAGAAGUUUUUUGAAAGUAUAUAAUUUGUUAUAUGUUGUGCUAGUUUUAUUUUGGAACUUUGAGUUCGCUUUUUUAUAGUUUUGAACAUUUUUUUCUUUUCAAGUCCUUAAGACUUGCUGUUACCUUAGGGUUGGUUUAUUAAUUUGUUUUUUUGAAUCAAUAAGCUUUUCCUGACUUAAUAAAAUCUACCUUUCAAAUCCAGGAUUAUGGUAAAUAAUUUUCCAGCUGGUCGUUCACAUUGGGGCCCACCCAGUCGAGCGUACUGUAAAGCUGGAACAACAGGCUUUUGCCCACGGGUACUGUAGAUAUGACGUCAACGGCUCGGUGCCUUUGAACAACUCGACGUGCUGCGCGACGGACGUCCCGUCGUUGAUCACCACAAUCGACUGCGCUCGCGUCGCGCAGCAAGUUUCCGAGAAACUCAAGCUCGCCGACGUCAAGUUGGAGAAGUCCGAGGAUCCUGGAAGGUUUUGGAUUUUUCGUGCGUUUCGGACGGUCACGUUUAAUUGAACAGACGAAAAAAAAAGUUACAAACUUUUUCUAUUGAAAAAUGCUUAACAGCGAAAAAUAGAGGUCUUGAAGCGAAAAGGCCAACUUUGGUAUACGGUCUCAAAAAAAUGUGACAAGCUCGCGCAGAAUGGGCUAUAUAAGGUUUUCAAAACGUUAAAAAGAAGCCGAUUUUUGUAAAAUUGCGAUCUUGUUUGCAAUUUUUAUUCAAUCAUUGAGUAAAACUGUUUUUUUCUAAAUGGCUUAUAGAAAAUCUUCAUAACCUGUUUGAAAUUUUUCUUAAAGUUCUAAAUACAUAAAAAAGGCUCCACACUUAGGGACUCCAGAGUGGUCCCUAUAGAGGUCCUUGGAGGGUCCCCUCUAGGAACCAAUUUUACAACCCCUAUAGGGACCACUUACGCUUGCAAAAAAGGCCCAUGAACCCUAAGCGACCAGGUAAAUUUUAAGUGGCCACUAUAGAGGCUCGCAAGGACUACUUGGAGAGGACACUAAAGUGGCCACUAAACCCACCUCUAUAGUGGCCGCUAUUUUCCGUUUUAGUGGCCACUAUAAAGGUUCUAUAUUUAGUGACCACUUUAGUAGUUUUUCAUCCAGUAUUCCUUCCAGUAACUCUGAUAAUUUUAAAACAAACAGAUUGGACCAGUUAUGUUGUUCCAUUGACCCCUAAAGUGGCCACUAAAAUUUUUAGUGGUCCAGUAGUAGCACUUAGACCUCUUAAGUGGCCGCUAAUUUUUAACCUCUUAAGUGGCUAUUAAUUUGACUACCAUAGUGGCAACUGAAACUUCAAAACCCUAUAGUGGCCACUAAAAAUUUUCCUAGAAUGCGUUUUUUGAGAGGAAUUUAAAGACCCCUAUAGGGACCACUUUAGCUGCUAAGGAAUCAAACCCUGAACCCCUAUAGGAACAACCAAUUUUAGCCAUAUAGGGACAAAUUUUUCGACCCCUAUAGGGACCACUUUGGGAUUUCUAAAUUCCUCUGAAGCUCGUUUUCCUAUUCAGUUUUCGCGUUUCCAGAUACCUUUGCGGAUUUUCCUACUUCUUGUCGUUGAACCAGGACGUCGGCAAGGCGCUUUUCAUCCAUGUCCCAGCUUUUGAGUUGGUUUUUUGGUCCUAUAUUGAUAAAAACUUACAGUAAAAAUUAAUAAAAUUCGAUUUUUUCGAGUUUUUGGAGACCUUUUUGCUAUCUUAAUACUGUUAAAGCUGGGAUGAAAAUGGAAAAAAUGAAUUUUCAGCGAAAAAUGCACCCUGGAAACCGUGGCCAGCAUUGUCCGCGAGGUCAUUCUCAACAUUACCAAAAAAAUUGAUUUUUCCCAUUUUUCAAAAAAAUUUUUUUGUUACUCACUAUAUAUAAAAAUCACCCCUUUUUCUGCACCCUUUGUAGAGAAUAAUGAACCCUUUUUCGUCCUGUGAUAAUUAACUUCGUUUCUCACUUAUUCCUGUCACUUUUUCCUGUACUUUUAUUUUUUUCAUGUUGCUAGUUGGAUGAUUAAAUAAUUUUUUUCUAUGUCGUUUUCAAUGUUUUCGGCUCAUUUUCUUGUGAAUCUUUAUGAUUAUUUGUUCUUAUAUUGGUGGUCAUUUUUUUCAAAAUUUGGUACAUCAACACUGCUUUAAAUCGCUAGAAUCAAGAAAAAAAAUUGCGAAGAAAAAUUGAAAAAAAAAUUAAAGUUUUCUCUAUUUAGGGACCGGAGAUAGUGCUUUGA